UAUAUAUAUAUAUAUAUAUAAACAUAGCAAGGAGAUGAAGCUUGCCACUGAUAGCUUCCAUUCCACGGCCCCCGCUCUUUGGUAGCAUUAAAACAAUAUUCUUCAUCUGCAAUCUAUUUCUUUCCUUUUCUCCCAGCACUCGGCUCUGCCCCUUCACAUCUCCCUUCUUUUUUAUCAUUCCCAGCAUUCAAUUCUCUGAGUGCAUUCAAUCUCUGUUACAUAUCCAUCUUCUCGAAUCCAUUUCCCCUUCCCUAUCCUCCCGCAGGUUCUACUUCCACAAAAAUUCGCAAGCGAUAGGUAAAAGAUGGUGCUUCCGAAGCAAGCGGAGGAGUCCAUUGUAGCAGACCGCGAAGCCAACAGCUUCAAAGCCAGCGACGAGGAAAACACUCUUACAGAAUCGCCGGCGCGGUUCAACAUGAAAAGCCUCCUGUGGCACGGCGGCUCCGUCUAUGACGCAUGGUUCAGCUGUGCCUCCAAUCAAGUUGCUCAGGUUCUGCUUACUCUGCCAUACUCCUUCUCUCAGAUGGGGAUGGCUUCUGGAAUCACUCUCCAGAUCUUCUACGGCCUUAUGGGAAGCUGGACCGCUUACCUCAUCAGCGUCCUCUACGUCGAGUACCGCACCAGGAAGGAGAAGGAAAACGUCAGCUUUAAAAAUCACGUCAUACAGUGGUUCGAGGUACUGGACGGGCUGCUGGGGCCGUACUGGAAGGCCAUUGGGCUGGCCUUCAACUGCACAUUCCUGCUCUUCGGGUCUGUUAUCCAGCUCAUCGGCUGCGCCAGCAACAUAUACUACAUAAACGAUCGGCUGGACAAGAGGACAUGGACCUAUAUCUUCGGCGCCUGCUGCGCGACGACUGUUUUCAUCCCAUCCUUCCAUAACUACAGAGUCUGGUCCUUCCUCGGCCUCGGGAUGACCACCUACACCGCCUGGUACCUCACCAUCGCCGCCUUCGUCCACGGCCAGAAUCCCGGGUUGAUCCACAGCGGGCCAACAAAGCUAGUGCUCUACUUCACUGGUGCCACCAACAUCCUCUACACUUUCGGCGGCCAUGCCGUUACUGUUGAGAUAAUGCACGCAAUGUGGAAGCCU